UAGUAGUGUUGUUUCCUCAUUAUGAACUCAUAUAUCUGUAUCAGUGACUUAGGUUUAUAUCAAUUUAUACGUUAAUUAACUUGUAACUUUGCCACAAAAUAUUAAACUUGUUAUACCUUUUCUUAAUGAAUAUUUCUGAAGCAGUUGAUAUUUUUCUUAGUGUUCCUGGCUGUAUAAUAUCUUUAAUAUUUAUUUUUGGGUUGAGUUGUUAUAUGUGUUACUAUAGUGUUCUAUCAAUCAAUUGUUUUAUGAUUUUCAUAUGGUAAAUGUGGCAAGAGAAAGAUUUACAUCCACAUAAUUGGCUUGAUUAUGUGAAAAAAUAACAAAUCCCUCCUGUUUUGUUUGGCAAAGUAACCUCUUUAAAUGUGCAUGUGGCACCUGUUCAUGUCAAUGAUAGACCUACAUUAAUGCAUUUUAAUUCAUUUAUAAACCUGGACUUUAAUAGCUCAUAGCCUGUGGUUGUAAUUAUCAUCCUCUGCCAUGACAUUAGACAACUGUUGAUUUGAAUCAUUAGUUCAGUGUACUGAGUAGCUGAACAGCAGUCUGGUAACGAUUCAUUGAGUUGAGGUGUCCUUCCUUCUCCCUGAUUGGUCCGAGGCUUGGAUGUACCAUUGCAGUGGCAUGGGGGGCAAUAGGAGCUCUUUCUAUCACAUUUUAAAGAGCUAAUUUGCCAUUUAUUAAUAAAUAACACUUUUGUUAUGAUUAUAUUUUAUGCCCUUAUUUAUUUGGUAAGGAUUCGUUGCUACAUUGUUGGUCAAUAGAUGUUUAUUUGGCACCCACCGAGAUCAACUUACCUGGACGUUACCUGCGUGCACCUGCAGCCUACGUAAUGACAACUUUGACUAUCUGUAGGUUUGACUGUAGAUUCAGUACAGUGUGGAACAAUGAUGGCCUACCGUGCAGUCUUACAUUUCCUUUGUGUGUUGGGAGUCUUUCAGAAAGGUCUAACAGCUCUGAUAGAAACCCAGCAGACUGUGCAUGCAGCUGUAGGAGAGGAAGCCUGUUUAUACUGUUGCCUGAUGCAAUCUAGAGAUGUUCUGCAAGUCACAUGGCAGAAGAUUUUACCUGAUGGAGAGAAGAACAUGGCUACUUACAGUGAACGAUUUGGUGAAAGAGUGAAUGCUGGUUUUCAGAGUAAACUGGAGUUUAGAUAUGCUGGACUGCAGAACACCUCCAUAGUUAUCAGGAGGGUGAUGGAGGAGGAUGAAGGGUGCUAUCGCUGUAUGUUUAACACCUUCUCUGAAGGUGCUCUCACUGCUACAACCUGCCUGCAGCUCUAUGAGCUGCAUGGACCCUUUCUUCACGUCAGUGAAUCAACAGUUGUGUCCUGCUCAGCCACAGCUCGACCUGCUCCCACAGUAACACUGACUGUCCCUCACUACAACUCUACCAGCGUCACCAACACCAACGGCACAGUCACUGUCACCGCUACAGCUGGGCUGUCUGGUCUACAUGGCAACAUCACACAGGUUGGAUGUGCAGUGAGAGUGCUCUCUGGUCCUCAGAUAGAGGUGUCUAUGAUGAUUCCUGAGGUCAAACAGUCGUCUGAUGAUGAUUUCACUCUGAUCAUCGUGUUGCUCGUGGUUUGUGUUUGUGUUGCUGCAGUCGUCAUCGCCCUACUUAUACGGAAACAUCAGAACCGUCGUUCACACGGGGACUAUGAGAAGAAGAACACACCACAAAAAGCAAUCAAAGACACUCAUGAGCCCAAAAUACCUUUAAUGAAGGAAGAGAACGAGCUGCGGCUACAGACGUCUACUGAGAAAGAUAAAAACCGUAACCACCCAAAACCAUCAUCUCUGAAAGGAAGAAAGUUAUCUUUCAACUCAGUUAACUAAUUAAUACCACAGAAUAACCCACAAGACUGUUAGUGCCACAACACAGAGAACAUGUCUGCACCAGUUCAUUGAUUCCAGCAGAUCAGUAGUUUUGAUUUUGAAAUAUAAUUUAGGUGAUAGUUUUAAUUCACUGUUGCAUCCAGAUGAAGCAUCCUUUGUUUUGUACGUCUUUUUAUACAUACAUUUUCUGCUGCUGCUUUUUG